AAAUUCAAUUUCCAAAAUCCAUAGAGAGAGAAAGAGAAAAAACUUAGAGAGAGAAACAGAGAGGGAGGAAGAGAGAGAGAAAGCUCAAUCUCUCAUCUUUGCUCCAUUUCUAGAUAAAUUUAUCCCUAUUUUUUUUUGUUUAAUUAUCAAUGGCGGAGCAGAAGAGCAACAACAACAACAAUAAUAGGUGGAGUUGGGAUGUGCCGGGAUUUCAACCUCGGAAGUCGCCGGAGCAUGAAGAGUAUCAGAGACCGCCGCCAUUGGCUCGACGGUACUCGAUCUCAGCCGCCGCCGUUUCCACCGGUGCACCGCAUUCAGAGUUAUCUAAACACGCUAUCAACUCUAAGCUAUUGAAAUUGAAGGACAAACUAAAGCUUGUCAGGGAAGAUUACUCAGAACUGAGACAAGAAGCCAGCGACCUGCAGGAAUAUUCCAAUGCGAAACUAGAUCGUGUGACACGCUACCUCGGUGUACUUGCUGAUAGAACCCGCAAGCUAGAUGAAGCUGCACUUGAAACAGAAGCUAGACUCUCACCUCUGAUAUUGGAGAAGAAAAGGUUAUUUAAUGACUUAUUAACUGCCCAAGGAAACAUAAAAGUGUUUUGUCGUGUGAGACCUCUUUUUGAAGAUGAAGGUCCAUCCAUUGUCGAAUUUCCCGAUGAUGUUACAAUUCGUAUCAAUACCACUGAUGAUAGCUUAGCUAAUCCGAAGAAAGAUUUUGAGUUAGACAGGGUUUAUGGACCUCAUGUAGGACAAGUUGAACUUUUUAGUGAUGUUCAACCAUUUGUUCAGUCAGCAUUUGAUGGAUACAAUGUGGCUAUAUUUGCUUAUGGGCAAGCACACUCAGGAAAGACCCACACAAUGGAAGGAUCCAACCACGAUCGUGGUUUAUAUGCUAGGUGUUUUGAGGAGCUCUUUGAUCUAUCCAACUCCGAUGCAACGUCGACAUCCAAAUUUAAUUUCUCAGUUUCCAUUUCUGAACUUCAUAAUGAACAGAUAAGAGAUCUGCUCAUACAUUCUGGAACUGAUCUGCCGAAGGCUCGCAUAGGGUCAUUGGAUUGCUUUGUAGAACUUCUGCAGGAAAAAGUUGAAAAUCCAAUGGAUUUUGGCAGAGUUCUCAAAUUUGCUUUUCAGAAUCGAGGAAGUGAUGGAUCAAAAUUUAGAGUUUCUCAUCUGAUCGUCACUGUACAUAUACAUUAUACCAACUCGAUCACUGGAGAGACCUCAUACAGCAAGCUUUCUCUUGUCGAUUUGGCUGGAAGUGAAAGCACUAUUGAAGAGGAUAGUGUGGAGCAUGCAACAGAGUUGCUUCAUGUCAUGAAAUCUCUUUCUGCAUUGGGAGAUGUUUUGAAUUCCUUGACAUCAAAAAAAGACAUUGUUCCAUAUGGAAAUUCAAUGCUCACCAAAGUACUUGCAGACUCACUAGGUGAAAGUGCAAAGACGCUUCUGAUUGUUAAUGUCUGUCCGAAUGCUUCAAAUUUGUCUGAGACGUUAUCCUCCCUCAAUUUUUCUGCUAGAGCUAGAAAUGCCACACUAAGCCUUGGGAAUCGAGAUACAAUCAAGAAAUGGAGAGAUAUUGCCAAUGAUACACGCAAGGAACUUUAUGAGAAGGAGAAAGAGAUUACUGAUCUGAAGCAAGAAAUAGUUGGGCUAAAACAGGAACUGAAACAGGCCAACGAUCAGGGAGUUCUACUCUUCAAUGAAGUUCAGAAGGCAUGGAAAGUUUCUUCUACGCUACAGUCAGAUCUAAAGGCUGAGAAUAUCAUGAUUACGGAUAAAUUUAAGAUAGAGAAGGAUCAAAAUACUCAAAUUAGAAAUCAAGUAGCUCAGCUUUUACAGUUGGAGCAAGAACAGAAAUUGCAGAUACAACAACGUGAUUCAACUAUUCAGAUGUUGCAGGCCAAACUGCAAGCUCUUGAAUCACAGUUAAAUGAGGCAGUACGUGCCAGUGACGCUAGGUUAAAAGAUGGUUCAGAGUUAAGAUCUGCAGACCAAACAGGUUUGAAGGCAACGAGGGAUGACAUUGACCCAGCAGCUGUUACCAAGAGGCUAGAAGAGGAACUUGUAAAACGUGAUGCACUUAUUGAGAAAUUGCAUGAAGAAAAUGAAAAGUUAUUUGAUCGUUUGACAGAGAAAACCUCUCUAGCUGGAUCAACACAGGUGUCUAGUCCGUUACCAAAGGCUCCAAAUGCUCAGAAUAGAGAAACUGGAAGAAAUGAUAUCAAUGUCAAAGGACGUGCCACAGAUGUGCUAGCACUUCCCUCAUCAACUGAUAAGCCAGAUGGCACUGUUGCUUUGGUUAAAUCUGGUGGUGAAAAGGUCAAGACUACCCCGGCUGGUGAAUAUCUUACUUCUGCAUUGAACGAAUUUGAUCCUGAUCAAUAUGAUAGCCUUGCUGCAAUCUCCGAUGGAGCAAACAAGCUUUUGAUGCUGGUUUUAGCAGCAGUCAUCAAAGCAGGUGCCUCUAGGGAGCACGAAAUACUUGCUGAAAUUCGAGAUGCCGUCUUUGCUUUCAUUCGUAAAAUGGAGCCAAAGAGAGUGAUGGAUACCAUGCUUGUUUCCCGUGUUAGGAUUUUGUACAUAAGAUCCUUGCUUGCUAGGUCGCCGGAGUUGCAAUCUAUAAAGGUUUCUCCCGUUGAGCGCUUCCUGGAGAAAGCUAAUUAUAGUGGCCAAAGCAGAAGCUCUAGCCGUGGUAGUAGCCCUGGAAGAUCGCCUAUGCGCUAUGAUUCAAGUAGGAAUGCAUUGAUUGAUGAACAUAUUCAAGGGUUUAAAGUAAAUUUAAAGCCAGAAAAGAAAUCGAAAUUAUCAUCUGUCGUUCUGAAGAUACGUGGUAUUGAUCAGGACAUACAGAGGCAGCAUGUAACUGGUGGAAAGCUUAGGGAGAUAACUGAGGAAGCUAAAAGUUUUGCGGUUGGAAACAGAGGUCUUGCUGCUCUUUUUGUACAUACUCCGGCUGGCGAGCUUCAACGCCAAAUCAGGAAUUGGCUUGCCGAGAACUUCGACUUUCUGUCUGUCACUGAUGAUGCAGUUGGUGGAGCAACGGGUCAGCUCGAGCUUUUGUCUACUGCAAUAAUGGAUGGAUGGAUGGCUGGACUAGGUGCUGCAAUGCCCCCUAGCACUGAUGCACUUGGUCAGCUCUUAUCUGAAUAUGCAAAGAGAGUUUACAAUUCCCAACUCCAGCACUUGAAGGACAUUGCAGAUACACUGUCAACUGAAGUGGCAGAAGACUCUACCCAUGUGGCAAAGCUGCGUUCAGCUUUAGAAUCUGUUGAUCACAAACGAAGAAAGAUCUUGCAACAAAUAAGAAGUGAUAUGACAAUGUUGACAUUAGAAGAUGGGAGUUCACCAGUUCGAAAUCCUUCUACUGCAGCUGAAGAUGCCCGACUUGCAUCCUUGGUUUCCCUUGAUGGCAUUUUGAAACUAGUCAAGGAUGUACUGAGGCAAUCCUCUGUGAACAUCCUCAGUAAGAGUAGGAAGAAAGCUAUGCUAGCUUCUCUAGAUGAACUUGCAGAACGAAUGCCUUCCUUGCUUGACAUUGAUCAUCCGUGUGCUCAGAGGCACAUUGAUGAAGCACGACAUGCUGUUGAGUUAAUUCCUGAAGAGGAUGACCGGCUUCAUGAAAAUGUACAUGCUUCUCGGCCUCCUGCGGAUGUGGGAUUAGGGGGUGAAACUGACGUGACACAGUGGAAUGUUCUUCAGUUCAACACAGGUUCAACAAACCCAUUUAUCAUCAAAUGUGGAGCUAACUCAAACUCUGAACUGGUCGUUAAAGCAGAUGCACAGGUUGAAGAACCUAAAGGGGGUGAGAUUGUCCGAGUUGUUCCCAGACCAACUGUUCUUGAAAAUAUGAGUUUGGAUGAGAUGAAACAGUUAUUCACACAGCUCCCUGAAGCUCUAAGCUUUCUUGCUCUUGCAAGGACAGCAGACGGAACCAGAGCUCGGUAUUCCAGACUCUACAGGACUCUUGCCAUGAAGGUUCCUGCAUUGAAAGACCUUGUUGACGAACUUGAGAAGGGCGGAGUGCUGAAGGAUGUCAGGUCAUAAUAGAUCUUAUUGCUUCGGGGUAGGGUCUUCUUGCAUAUCUCUUGUGCAAUGACACUUCGGAUGUGCUGAUUAUUCAGCUGUGUUGCCUACUUGGCCUGUAAUUUUGAUAAAAUGUGUUAAUGCUGUCCCCAUUUUCCAUUUUGGGUUUUCAAGUUUUGUAUAGUUGUAGCAUGUGUAACAUUGUGUAAUAUGCCAUUUCUGGCUUACUGCAUAGGUGAAACAGAUGGAAGUGAACAAACACUUUGCUCUCAAGAUAUUUAUUAGCUCAACUGGCAAAUUAGUCCCCUUUUUUCCUGAGCAUCAAAGUAAUGUGGUUUGAGAGUUAA